UCUUCUCCUUUCCGAUUCAUUUUCUCCCUCUGGGUCAUUUCGAUUCUCACAAAUUAAAGACAAAAUUGGAAUAGUCAAUUGUCUUCACGAACAGAGGAGACAUUGUCUCUUUGAUUCUUGAGCUUAUUUGGGGUAGAGAAAGAGAGAGGAUCUGAUGUGUGUCUCAAUCUCGCAAGUCUCUAGAUUCAGAAUCCAUUCAUUUGGAAGUUCUUGCUGUGAACGUGUUCAUGGCUGGAUCAAGAACAGCUCAAGCUUGAAGCUGCUUGAUGUUAGAGCUUCCUCGGUUGAUGGUAAAGCAAGAUGGAUCAGGCGGAACGUGAGUACAACUACACAAGGUAGUAGAGGCAACAUUAAGAGCAGUGUGUUGGGAGGAACAGUUCCUCUAACCAGGAUUAUAGAUGAAGAGAGUAGAACCAAGGUACAGCCUUUUGGUAAUCUUCAGCAACGGCUUGCGCAAGAUAAAGAUCUGCCUAAGCUCCUCACGGUUAUUGUCUCUGAUCUUGAGACAACUGGCUUGAAUCGGAAGAGGGAGCGGAUAAUUGAAAUUGCAGCUCAGGAUUUAGCUGGUGGUGGGUACAGCACAUUUCAGACUCUGGUUAACCCGGGUGAUGUUCCUGUAACUAAUACAGAUAUCCACGGAAUCAGGACUGAUAUGGUCUGUCGACCCGAGGUUCCAAGGAUGGAAGAGCUGAUUCCGAUAUUUCUGCAGUAUGUUGAGAGUCGACAGAAGCCUGGAGGUUAUGUGAUGUUAGUUGCACACAACGGCAAAUCAUUUGACUUCCGGUUUUUGAUCAACGAGUUUAACCGUUGUUCUUAUGAGAUUCCUCAUAAUUGGUUGUUACUCGACUCGCUCCCACUCGGUAGAGAGCACAUGAAGUCUUUAGACCCAACGGGUAAGCCAAAAGCAUCGUUAAAAGUUCUUCAAGAACACUAUAGUCUUACAAGGGAAGGUGACGCUCACAGAGCUUUGUCAGAUGUGUUACUCUUAUCUAAGGUGUUCCAGAAACUCACCAUUGAUCUCAAGCUCUCACUCUCUGAUCUCGUCCUCCGCUGUCACACUGCAUCCGAUAUCAUUGCUGUCAUGGCCAAGAACAAGAAGGCCUGAAACAUUUUAGACAUAGCUAUAAGCUUCUUUUGGGAUAUGCAUCUCUCAUUCUAUUGUUGAUGUAUCUAACUCUGCAAUUAUGUAACCAAUUAUUUAAUUUGAUCCUAAAAUAAAAUCAACUAGAUUUGAACCCA